AUUGAUCUCGAAGAUGACGAGCAUGCAAAUGUCGAGAAAGUCCUUGAAGAAACGCGCCAAUUCAUUGGAGAAGGGACUAAAGGAAACAAUAGGAUUUUCGUUCAUUGUCUUUUUGGCUUGUCUCGGUCAGCCCUGGUGGUAAUUGACUAUUUGCAUCGAAACAAAGGUCUUAAAAUGUUCAAUGCUUUCUUCCUUGUGGCCACAGCAAGACCUCAAAUAAAUCUCAAUGCAGGCUUCAAAAGAUAUUUA